AUGCAGCUUCUCAAAACACUUCCCAUUGCUUUAUUGUUUGCACGACCAUUCAUUCAUGCAGCUCCUCUGCCUGAUGGAAUGCCCAAUCCAACUCCAGGUCAGAUCCGAGACAUUGAGCUCAGAGCACACGGCACCCUGCCAAACACACCUCUUCCGAACAACAUCAGCCAGGAGGGCAUAGUCAAUCUGCAAUUGAUUGCCUUCAAUGAGCUUUUUGAGGUCGCUUUCUUCAACGACCUGCUCUUGAACGUUACGAACAAUGUGCCUGGUUUCCAGAUCCCCCAGGGAGCCCGGAGAGACAUGGUCAACCGCAGUCUCACCGCGAUUCUUGCUCAAGAGGAACUGCACGCCCUGAGCGCCAAUGAUGCCCUUCAGCACUUCAAUGUUUCGCCCAUCUUGCCUUGCCAAUAUCACUUCCCCGUCUCCGACUUUGACCAGGCUAUUGCACUAGCCGCGACAUUCACCGAUCUAGUGCUCGGGACCCUCCAAGAUGUGGUGGAACGGUUUGCCGUGGGCGGGGACUUCAACUUCACCCGGAUUAUUUCGUCCGUCAUUGGGAAUGAGGGAGAGCAGGAGGGUUGGUUCCGGACACUGCAGAGCAAGAUCCCCAGCGAGCUUCCGUUCCCUACCACUAGCAACGUCAACUUUGCAUUCACUGCAGUCCAAGCCUUCGUCGUGCCGGGGAGCUGCCCCAAUAUAAACGAGAUCCCGCUAAGAACCUUCCCGCCCUUGGCCAUCCUGACACCACCUGCACCUACCACGCAGAUCAUCCGGGUUGCGUGGAACCGCACUCGAACGGAUGUUCCAGUGCAGAAUGUCUGGCUCACAUACAUCAACCAGUUGAACCUCCCGAUUGUAGAGCCGAUGAACAUCAUCUCUGCCGAGAGUCAGACCAUCGUGGCCGAAGUGCUCUUCCCCUAUGACGAACACCUGAUGAAUGGAUUGACGAUUGCCGCGGUGACCAACAGCAGUGGUCAUUUUCCCAAUGCCGAUGCCGUCUCUCAGGCUACCGUGGCUGGACCGGGUUUGAUUGUUGUCAAUUGA